CACACACACACAUCACGGCAUUAUCAAUUCUCGCGAGCCAACCGAUGGUCGCCUCUCUGUAUUCCAUCUGACGCACCCCACAAGCACACCGAGAACAGCAUUGAACAAUGUCGGACACGGAAGGCCAUGCUGCAGCGGCAGCUCCAACGCAACAGCAUCCCGAUACUGGGGGCAAGUCGUUGGCAGCGGUGGGCGAGCGUGCACGCUACAAGUCAUACCGCAAGAAGUAUCGCAAGCUGCGGCACAAGUUCGAUGGCGUGUUGGAGGAGAACAAGAGGCUGUUCAAGGAAGAGCAGAAGAUGCUGGGCACUGCACGCCGAUUGCGCGAGGAGCUGGAUUCCGUCUUGGAGGUGCUGCUUGAUUUGAACCAGAACCAGGCCCUUCCCACCGACUUGCGAUUCGAUGUCUCCCUCGAGAACGAACACUCGGCCGUCGCCAACAUACCAAGCGUUGUCGAUAGCAAUAUCAGCCCCACAGAAGCGAAUGCGCUCUUGAUGGAGUACACGACUGCUGUUCAAAACGGCCAGAUCCCCCACCUUGACCUGCAUGUUAUAAGAGAACAGAUUGACAAGAAGCUUGCGCGACAAGGCCUUCUUUCGCUGGACAAACUUGAGGAGGAGGUCUCGCAUGCACGUCCGUCCCUCGAGAAGCCAUUGCCAAGCGACAUCAAACCCGACAAUGCCUCAAGCUACUUGACAUCUCAGGAAGAAGAUGACUAUCUGCUUCGCCUGGACGCGACCCUUGGUGACCCUGUUGCUCAAAUCAAGGAGAAGGAGCAUGCUGAGGACAUCAAACACUGGGCUGACAUGACACCUCGUGAAGUCGAGCGACAAACAGAGUUGCAAAAUCCGCAGAGUCAACACAAUUGGUUAAAGACACAUGCAAAACAAUCAGGACCUACUGCGGAUAUCGACGACAACGACAGUGUGGAUGUGAAACCUGCUCGCGGAGCUGGCGCAAAGCGUAACCUUGCCAAACAAGUCGGCGACAGAUCUCUUGGACGGGCGAGGGAAGGUGCUAGCCCUGCUGCUUCCUUUGUUGAUGACGACGAAUUUGGGAGUUUCGUGGACGAUCAUCCUAAGAAGCGCGGACGUGAUCCAGACAGUACGUACAGGAUCAAAGGAGGCAAAGGCAGUGCCACAAACGGCAAAGGAAAACGCAAGCGCAGCGACGAAACCCCGAACGGAAGUACUAAGAAGGCUCGAGUGGAAGAAGAUUGAAGUCGUUCAGCAUCGCAGCAUUCUCCAAUAUCGAGACAUUCAAAAGCAUCAAGCGGAAGUGCCGUUUGUCUAUGGCAUGAGUUGGCUUGGCCUUGUAGCACGUUCCAACCACGCUAUGCUUGCAGGUUUGGGAGAAUUACGGAACGGUUCAUCCAUUGCCAGGCAGCGAUAUGUCGGGGACGGCAAAGCUGUCGAACCUGGUGUGAUACGUGGCCGCGCUAUGGGCGCCGUCGCAGGUCAGACCAAUACUGUGUCUACUCCGCGACAGAAUCAGGCGCAUCGCUCGAUGCAGCCAGUGUGUACACUCAUUUGAGGUCUGGGCCUCCCCUCAGGACGCGAGAAAGGUCGGAGCACCAUUCGUGCAGACUUGACAAUAACCAGACCGGCGCCGUGGAGGAUGCCGCGCCUCUGAAGGUUUGCUGUGUGCCGUGCGGCAAAAGCCAGCGAAUCCACAGUUCAUGGAUGCCAUGUACUAUGUAGAACACGCAAACACAUUGAUGUAGCGUCCAAUAAUAUCAAUCUCGCCUCAGGUGGGCGUCAUUCGCCUGGGUGUUUAUCAGCUUUCUCCACAUAUUCGAGGUGUGCCGGCCAUGGACAAUAAAGUAUCAAGCUACCAUGAUAGGUCUAAACAGACCCGAGUCAAUGGACACGGCACCUUUUGACUUCAAGGUUUGACGACUGCCGUAGCAUGGCAUGAAGCUGGGGAGCGCAAGGUAGCGGACAAUGCGUUAAGCUACUAAGGGCACGAUACACAAUUGUGCUCCCACAAUUGACUCAGCGACAGUGAACACGUACGACAUCAAUCAUAUUGCUCAUCUACAGACUAUUCCGUGGACUCCGGCAGAUUUUGACGACCUUAAUUGUUGGAGACUUUCUGUGCUGGCGACACAUUCCCCCUCUCCUC